CGCUCGGUUUUCGGGUGAAAUUGCCCAACCCCGCUCCCUUUACCUCUCCGUCCCUUCCCCAAAACAAAAAAAAACAGAGCAGGUGCGCGGAGCAAGGAGAAGCGGUGCUCAUCUCUCGCCGUCCUCCGCCUUCUCUCCCGUCUCCGGUUAUUUGGCUUGGUUUGGCACAUCCCUGGGCUGAUUGAAGGACCAUGGCUGAAGAAGGUGGAAAAAAAUUUGGUAGAAAUUACCUCACAUGGACAGAUAAAAUGGACAUUGCACUACUGGAGGUCCUUGUUGAGCAUCACAACAAUGGUGAUCAUGCCCAGAAUGGAUGGAAGUCCCAUGUCUACAGUGCUUUUAUAGGUAAUGUGAGUGAGAAGUGCAAUGUGACCAUCACAAAGGAAAACAUAAGUUCAAGGUGCAAAACCUUUGAAAAGCACUAUGAGGCCAUUAGCAAGAUGCUUUCUCAAAGUGGAUUUGGGUGGGAUUGGAUCAAUAACAAGCUGUCAAUUGAUAGUGAAGAUGUGUGGAUUAAAUAUGUCGCGGCUAACAAGAAAGUGGGAUUUUACAAGAACAAGGUCAUUAAAAAUUGGGAUGCUAUCACCACCAUAUACUCAAAAGAUCAUGCAAAUGGUGAAGGUGCUGGCACAGGUGCUGAAACUGUUGUAGAACCAACUAUGGAACCCAAUGAAGCCUCUCCUGAAGUGCCACACAAAAAAUAGCGGACCGGUGAUGCCAUCCUGUGCCUACUUGGGGAUAUGAAAGGCUCAUUUAAUGAUGAUUUGAAGUCACUUGAGCCUUUACCUCUGCCCCAAGUUACACCUCCUGCUGAAAUCCUCGCGACACUUGAGAUGAUCCUUGAUUUGGCUCGUGGUGACAUAUUGCGAUCUUAUGGUAAGUUGAUCCUUAGCGAACGCUUGUACCAAGCACUUCUUGAGCUUCCCAUGAACUUCAGGAAGGAAUGGUUGUUGAUGUUGGAAUAGUAGAAUGGCUCUUGAUAGAUAAUAUGUAUGUGUACUGCUACUUUUAGUUCUCCUAGUGUGUGUGAGACUUUUGAACUUGUCCUAAAGUUGCAUGGUUGAUGCAUAAGACUUGUUAUGUGUUCUGGAUGAUGUGAGACAUGUUAUAAUGUGUAAUGGGGUUGGCAAGGCUAUCAUAAUAUGCUGCUGCUACCUACAGUUUUGAGCCUAUUUUUCACGCUUUUGAAUAGUUCAUAUUGUCCAAUGCA